AUGGCCACAGACUUGGUCCUUCAGACUCCAGAGACUCAGGAGAGACUUCUCACAGUGAUGGUAAAGGAGGAAGAAAAGGACCAGGCCCUUCACACCAGAGAGAUCUUUCGUAGACGCUUCAGGCAGUUGUGCUAUCAGGAGACCCCUGGACCCCGAGAUGCUCUUCACAGACUCCAGGAGCUCUGCCGACAGUGGCUGAGACCAGAGGUUCACACCAAGGAGCAGAUCCUGGAGUUACUGGUACUGGAACAGUUUCUGACCAUCCUGCCUGAGGAGCUCCAGGCCUGGGUGAGGGAGCACCACCCUGUGAGUGGAGAAGAGGCAGUGAUGGUACUCGAAGACUUGGAGAGAGAGCUGGAUGAGCCAGGAGAGCAGGUCCCAAUCCAUGCUCAUGGACUGGAAGAAUGUGUGAAGGAGACAACAACUCUUGGAGCAACCCAGGAACCUUCAGGAUCCCAGCUGGAAGCAUUAGAAGAAAAGCUUCAAUGUAACUUGCAAGAGAUGUAUCCAGUUCAAGAAAUUGAUGUACUAGGUGGUACUUGGAAUGUGGAAUUAGCUCCAAAGAGGGAGAUUUCUAAAGAUAUGAAGUGUCUUGUGGAACUAUCUGGAAAACGAAAUGGUGAUAUUUCUCAAGUUCCUGAAUGUGGAGACACCUAUGACAAUGAAGGAAGGUUGGAAAAACAGCGAAUUAGCUCUUCAGUGGAGAGACCCUUUAUCUGUAGUGAAUGUGGAAAAAGCUUCACCCAGAACUCCAUCCUUAUUGAGCACCACAGAACUCAUACAGGCGAGAAGCCCUAUGAAUGUGAUGAGUGUGGGCGGGCCUUCAGCCAACGGUCAGGCCUUUUUCAGCAUCAGAGACUCCACACAGGGGAGAAGCGCUACCGGUGUAGCAUUUGUGGCAAAGCCUUCAGCCAGAAUGCUGGGCUUUUCCAUCACCUCAGAAUCCACACUGGGGAAAAACCCUACCAGUGCAAUCAGUGCAAUAAAAGUUUUAGUCGGCGGUCAGUCCUUAUUAAGCAUCAGAGAAUUCACACUGGAGAGAGACCUUAUGAAUGUGAAGAAUGUGGCAAAAACUUCAUUUAUCACUGUAACCUCAUCCAGCAUCGGAAAAUCCACCCUGUAGCUCAAUCCAGAUAA